CGACAUUCAUGGAGCGUUCGGGUCUAUGUAUGAUAUGCCAGGAUCAGGAGGCAAAUAUCGCGAUCGUAGAUUGCGGACAUUUGGCCAUGUGCCAGCUGUCGCGCAUGCUCAAAGUUUGUGAUGUGGAUCACAGUGAGGUCAUGUGGAUCCGUCAGUCAUGCCUAGCUCGAUAAGCUGAUCAAUCCGUACGCCGCUUGAGAUCGGUCCUUUCUAGGUCGGUUUUACCGCAGAGUCGAAUAGCCGUUUAUUUCAUGGACUUGCUGUCAAAUCGUGCAAGGUACGAGUGUGGGAGCAGUUAAUGCUGAGCGUUGAACUCUCGAUCGUGA